GUAGCGGAAGCCAGGACUCUCGAACACUGUUUGCUGCCUGUGGAUCUUCUAUACUUACCGUUUACCAGAAAUCUCCAGCAGCUACACAGUUACUUCAGAUCUACCACUGUUAGAUACUUCCUGCCACCCAUCCUAGUAGUAGCUCUUGGGAAGGAGUUACAGCCAACAACAGCCAAACCGUCUCCCACCCCAACUCCUGUGGUUGCCCUUUCCAUCAUGCCGAAGAAUAAAGGUAAAGGAGGCAAAAACAGGCGCAGAGGCAAAAAUGAAAAUGAAUCUGAAAAAAGAGAGUUGGUGUUUAAAGAAGAUGGCCAAGAGUAUGCGCAGGUGAUCAAAAUGCUGGGAAAUGGACGGUUGGAAGCAAUGUGUUUCGAUGGUGUGAGAAGGCUAUGUCACAUCAGAGGAAAGUUGAGAAAAAAGGUUUGGAUAAAUACAUCAGACAUUAUAUUGAUUGGUCUGCGAGACUAUCAAGAUAACAAAGCUGAUGUAAUCUUGAAGUAUAAUGCAGAUGAAGCGAGAAGUCUGAAGGCAUAUGGAGAACUUCCAGAACAUGCUAAAAUCAAUGAAACGGACACAUUUGGUCCAGGGGAUGAUGAUGAAAUCCAGUUUGAUGAUAUUGGAGAUGAUGAUGAAGACAUUGAUGAUAUCUAAGCUGAACUAAGCAUGUUACAUUCCAAGUUUUCUGAAGAUAGUUCUACAUACUUGGGAUCUUGACCUUCGGCUGUUAAGUAAAACUUCUUUUAGCAUGAGUAUGACUUGUUAAAGCAGAUUGAUGUAUUUUUAAUUUUUAAGGUAUUAUAUUUCUUUGAAAACCAAAGAUGUUGAGUUAUCUUAAAUGUUAACACUUUGUUCUUCUAGAUGUAAUUGAACUUAGGGGUACAGCAGUAUACACUAUUGAGACUGCCUUUCCAUCUGUUUCUGGUGCAUGUGUUUUGCGUCAGCGGUUCUGCGAGGUGAACAUCAUGGGCCGAAGUGUGCCCCUAGUUCCCACACAUCUGCUUCAGGCCCCAUGUCCUAGUCAUCUGGCUGUGCUUUGAGACUUGAGUCAGAUUUACAGAUAAUGUAAGUCUGCAUUUGGAGUCAGAUAGAAUGCAGCUGUUUUUGUAUUUAUGGAGCCAUGCCAUUUUAUGCUUUGCAUGUUCUAUACACUCAUUAUAGCCUUUAUGUUGUUGCUGCCCAUAAAUAGGCUUUUCACAGUGCAGUUUUUAAAUUACAUGGCUAGCAGUUUUGAGUUUUAAAAAUUAGUCAUUGCAGAAAUUAAAUGCUUAGGUGAUAAUCAAUUGUCUUGACUUUAGAAAUACAAUAGUUGACAAUGUUUAUAUGUAAUUUUUACUUUUCUAAUGCAUACCCAAAAAUAGAAAAUGAAAAUUGAAAGAGAAAUAUGUUUUGAUACUUGCGUAGAGAAAUUUUCAAAGAAGGUGGAUGUUGAUAGCACAUAACAUUUUUUUACUUUGCAAAGUAGGUUGGGUAAAAAAAAUCAUUUUCAAAAAGUUAGCUACUGUAUUGAAGCUUUGAGUAAUUUAAUGCUAUAGAUAGGUUAAAGUUAAUUACAUAAUUGUAUAAAUGAAGUUUUCCUUAAACUAAGCUUAGGUUAAAAGGAAAGGAGUCACAGCUUAAUGAAAAGGCAGUUUCUAUUUUCUGAAUGGAGGAGUCCAGAAGUAGAAACACAAUAAAAAUAUGUUGAUUUAAAAAAAAAAAUCUUUUCUUUUUAAUGUGUUCAUUAUAUCUCUGGUAUGUAACAAAAAUAAAUGACUAGAUGAUUUCUAGUUCAUCAUGA